UUAUUUCAACGCUAAGUGCAUUUACUAGCCUAACACAAUGAGCAAGUCGACGGGCAAUGCACCACCCCAGUUCACGUAUGUGCCGCCGCCAUCUGCACCGCCGUCGUACCAGGAGGCAGUGGGCGGCGUGAAGCCAGUGGGCCCGUACACUCCCGUGGUGGCGCCCGCCACCGCCGGAAAUGCCACGAUUGUGACCACAGUGGUACCCAUUAGCCGCACAUCGACGCAUAUGAUCUGUCCGUCAUGCCAUGCCGAGAUUGAGACGACCACACGAACUGAGCCCGGCAUGAUUGCCUAUUUGUCUGGGUUUGUGAUUGCACUGCUGGGAUGCUGGUUGGGAUGCUGCCUGAUACCUUGCUGCAUCGACGACUGCAUGGAUGUCCAUCACACGUGCCCCAACUGCAAGGCGUAUUUGGGCCGCUUCCGCCGAUAGGCCUAGGCGCGUGCCAACGUGUAAUGCUUUUAAUUUAAGCAAGCGUUUUGCCUUUAUUUAUUUAAUUGUAGUAAUGUCAUUUGGAUUCCAAAAGCGGAAGCGAAAGCGAAAGCGCAUGAAAUGAAAUGAAACAAAACAACACAAAACAAAACGAAACGAAACGAGCCAAUGCUUCCAUUUAAACAAACGCUAAUACUUGCUAAAUUGCUCAACGCAUCCUUAACGACGAUUUCUUUCUUGUUUGCUAGUAUAUGUUCUUGAUGGCACGCCCCACACACACACACACGCGAAUGAUAGCUUUAAAAAAAAUAUUUGUACAUAUAUUGAACGCUGCUCCAAUCGAAUCCAAUCCAAUGCACAUCCUCCACUCCACUGACAGAAAUAUGUAUAACGAAUCUUAAUGUACUUAUACGUAAAGUAAACCCUGAAAUACUGAAAUACUUUUGCACAAAAUUCAGUUUCCGGUCACGGAACAAACAAAUGACAAACACACACAUACAUAUUUUACGUAAUAGAGUUUAUUAAUCUUAUCGAAAGACAAAAUGCAAUACAAGAUAUUUUUGUAAAUGUUUGUAAAACGGUCUUUGGCGCGGUAGUGCAUAUGGUAUACUAUAUGGUAAAGGCUACAUUUAUAUAAAUCAGAUACAUCACCCAGCUCUAAAUAAUUGACUUUUUACUAUUAAAUAAAACAUUAAAUGUGACUAAAAUAUCUAGAAA